CAUUUUCAACCGGUGCCGCCGCCCGGAUGUGACGUCACGAGGCGGCAUGGCGGACGGGACGGCCGUGCUGAGGCGGAACAGACCCGGGACCAGGACGCAGGAAUUCUAUAGUUGGCCAGAUGAGCCCUUUGAGGAGAUGGAUAGCACCCUUGCGGUACAACAGUUUAUUCAGCAGAACAUCCGAACGGACUUCUCGAACAUCGACAAAAUUCUGGAGGCUCCAGAUGGGCAGGAUGAGGGUGUUUGGAAAUAUGAGCAUCUGAGGCAGUUUUGUUUGGAGCUAAAUGGCUUGGCUGUAAAACUUCAGAAUGAUUGUCACCCAGAGACGUGUACCCAGAUGACGGCCACGGAGCAGUGGAUAUUCCUGUGUGCAGCACACAAAACCCCCAAAGAGUGUCCAGCUAUAGACUACACACGGCACACAUUAGAUGGAGCCGCCUGUCUGCUAAACAGCAACAAAUACUUCCCCAGCAGGGUGAGCAUUAAGGAAUCAUCCGUGGCCAAGCUGGGCUCGGUGUGUCGUAGGAUUUACCGGAUCUUUUCGCACGCGUACUUCCACCACCGCCAACUUUUUGAUGAAUACGAGAAUGAAACGUUGCUGUGCCACCGCUUUACCAAGUUUGUGAUGAAGUACAACCUCAUGUCCAAGGACAACCUGAUUGUGCCCAUCCUGGAGGAGGAGAUCCAGGGCACCACAGCAGAGGAGAGCGAGGCCUGAAGUUUCACCCCCCCAUUCAUUCACACAUCUUCUUAACUGUAAUCUUCCAGGUAUUAGGAUAUCCCAAUAGACUUUUUAAUGAGCAACUAUGUUAUGAAAGUUUCACUUAUAUUAUUUUGACACUAAAAAUGUUAAAUUGACAGAAAAAGCCACAAUGCAAGUGGUGUAGUGUGUUAAUCACUGCAGAUGAGCAUUGUGAACUACUGAGCUCUGCACAAGUAAAAUGUUCUAUAUGCCAUGCCUCGAGGUAAAAGUUUUAUUUAAAAUCGGAGUGUCCUAUUUAACAGAUUGCAUGAGUCACAAUGUGCAUUCACAUUAUACUUUUCAAUUCAUAUGGGUUCAUUUGCCAAAUGGAACAAACGAUUGAGACCAGAAUCUGAAAUCUGGCACCAGCUUGGAUGGAUCUUGGUUAAGCUGAAUUUGUACAUUCGGACCUGGUGUACUCGUUUCCUUGCGAUUUCCCCAGUAGCAUAACGUUUCUACAAAGCUAGGUCGAGUUUAAAGCAAUGUAUUCUGUACCCACUUUCUACAAGCUGUAAAUCUGCCGAUAUUGUCUUGGUACCUGAGCAGUUAUUUCCACUCAAAUAUUCCUGCUAUUCGUAUGCACCCUUAAGUGCGUAUUUAAGUGUAAAACCGUUUGUCAUUGUACACAUUACAAAACACUUUUUUACAAGGCUUGUAUUGUAAGUGCAUUAGGACUACUCCUAAAGCAUUAGUAAUUGGCAUGCUAUUACAAAUUCAGUUUAAGUAAAGCAGUUAUAUCAAAUAAAACAAUAUUUAACAGUU